UGGCAUUAACCUCGGACGGGUUCAUAUAUGACAUAUCUGGCUGAGCAUCUGUAGCACAGCCGGCAGCCCCUUCGACAUCGACAUGGCGCCGCCGCUACACUUCGUGCUGGUGCCGCUCCUUGCUCAGGGCCACGUGAUCCCCACCGUGGACCUGGCGCGUCUCAUCGCCGGCCGCGGCGGCACGCGCGUCACCGUUGUCCUGACGCCCGUCAACGCCGCGCGCAACAGAGCCGCCCUGGAGCACGCCGUUCGUGCGGGGCUCGCCGUCGACUUCGCCGAGCUCGACUUCCCGUCUGCCGCGGCGGGCCUACCAGAGGGCUGCGAGAGCCACGACAUGGUCACUGACCUGUCACAUAUCAAGCUUUUCUACGACGCCAUGUGGCUGCUCGCGGGCCCGCUCGAGGCGUACCUCCGCGCGCUGCCGCGGCGUCCUGACUGCCUGGUCGCUGACACGUGCAACCCGUGGACGGCGGACGUCGCUCGACGUCUCGGCAUCCGACGGUUCGUGUUCCACGGUCCGUCCGCGUUCUUCCUCCUCGCGGCGCAUAGCCUGGCCAAGCACGGUGUCCGCGACCGUGUCUCCGGCGAGUUCGAGCCGUUCGAAGUGCCGAACUUCCCGGUGCGCACGGUCGUGAACAAGGCGAUGUCGCUCGGAUUCUUCCAGUGGCCAGGGCUGGAGACGCAACGGCGUGAGACGCUCGAUGCCGAGGCCACCGCCGACGGCUUCGUUGUCAACACGUGCGCCGCCUUCGAGAGCGCGUUCAUCGAGGGCUACGCGGGGGCGCUCGACCGAAAGGUGUGGGCAGUCGGACCGCUCUCCCUCCUAGAGUCCGACAUCGAGACGACGGCCGGGAGAGGCGAUCGCGCGGCCAUGGACGCGGGCCGGAUCAUCUCCUGGCUUGACGCGAGGACUCCCCGAUCUGUGCUCUACGUCAGCUUCGGCAGCAUCGCCCGCUUGUUACCACCGCAGGUUAUCGAGCUCGCCGCCGGGCUGGAGGCGUCGGAGAGGCCGUUCAUCUGGGUGGCCAAGGAGGGCGACGACCUGGACGCCGGAUUCGACACGCGGGUGGAGGGCCGCGGCCUGGUCAUCCGUGGGUGGGCACCGCAGAUGACCAUCCUGUCGCACCCGGCGGUGGGUGGCUUCUUGACGCACUGUGGCUGGAACUCCACGCUGGAGUCUCUCUCCAAUGGCGUGCCGCUUCUGACCUGGCCUCAGUUUGCUGACCAGUUUAUGAACGAGAAGUUGGUCGUCGACGUGCUUGGCGCUGGUGUCCGUGUCGGUGUGAAGGUGCCAUCGACCCACGUAUUCCUGGACCCCAACACACCGUCAGUGCAGGUUUGGGCAGACGAUGUUGUAAGGACGGUGGCCAAGCUGAUGGACGACGGGGCAGCAAUGCGGGCAAAGGCAGAGGAGCUCGCGGCGAAGGCGAGGGAGGCGAUGGCAAAAGGCGGGUCCUCACACAAUAAUCUGGCGGGCAUGAUUCAGCAUCUCACAGAACUUGCGAGUAAUGAGAAGGAUGUUGUUUCUCAUAUGCCUGCUGUCAGGGGUAUCGACGACAAAACGAAGAUGGAUGCAGGGCAGGUCUCCAGCAGCGGCGUCUAAUAAAGUUCGGUUUUGCUAUUUUCCGAGUGCCUGAAAUUUUGUUUUGUUUCAAUAGAAUCUGAGAUCGUUCGUUAAAGCAACUCCAGCCGCG